UAAAAAAAGCAGAAAUGUUUAUUUACAUUUGACAGCAAAAGAUUGAGCUUGUAAUUAGUUUAAAUAUUUAAGUAAUCCUAUCCACUUAAAAAAUGGGUGAACGCAAGGGACAGAACAAGUACUAUCCGCCCGACUAUGAUCCGAAGAAGGGCGGUCUCAACAAGUUCCAGGGAACCCACGCCCUGCGGGAACGGGCCCGCAAGAUUCACCUGGGAAUCAUCAUCAUCCGCUUUGAGAUGCCCUACAAUAUCUGGUGUGAUGGAUGCAAGAACCACAUCGGCAUGGGCGUGCGCUACAAUGCGGAGAAGACCAAGGUGGGCAUGUACUACACUACGCCGGUUUUUAAGUUCCGGAUGAAGUGCCACUUGUGCGACAACCACUUUGAGAUCCAGACGGAUCCCGGCAAUUUGGACUAUGUUAUACUUUCGGGGGCUAGACGGCAGGAGAACCGCUGGGAUCCCUUGCAGAACGAACAAGUUGUACCGGAAACCAAGGAGGUACAAAAGCGUCUCUUCGACGAUGCCAUGUACAAGUUGGAGCAUCAAGCCAAGGAUGCUAAGGCAGGGGCAGAUGCCAGGCCCGUGCUCCAGAAACUAGUGGAGCGCAACAUGAGCGUCUGGGAUGACAGCUAUAUGGCCAAUAGUCGCCUACGCGCCGAGUUUCGCCAGCAGAAGAAAGAGAUCAAUGGUCAGCAGGAGCUGGAUCGACAGUUGUUGGCCAAGAGCAGCUUGGACAUUGCUCUCCUUCCGGAGACCACACAAGAUCGCGAAAUGGCAGCCCUGAUGAAGUUGCAGACGAAGUCAGCUCUGGAACGGGAAUCCGAGCAGCGGUUGGAGCUGCUUAUGCGUCCAGCGCUUCCCGGAGCAACAGUCACCACAUUUGGUGGACUCAAGCGACAAAAGGUUCUGAAUACCCAGCUCCAAGUACAGGAUCUUGGCAUACGGCGUAAAAAGUUGGAAGAAACUACAUCUUCAGCCACGAACGAAAAACCCAUAAGCUUAGUGGGGGAUUACUCCUCCUCAGACAAUGAUUCCAACGGCUGAUUUUAUAAUGCUUUCUUUAUAAAUAAUUAAAUGAUUGUAUAAAACAAAAUAAGUACAAAUAAAAAGAAUUCUAAUAU